AUGCAACUGACACGGAUAAUGCGUGUGCUCAUCAGAGGAAGUAAUGGGCAAGCACAGUGGAAAGAAAUAACGGAGAAUCAUCUGCCCAAAGGUGGAAAGAGACUCUCUUUCAGAGAAAAUUCCUUGAUUGCUUUCGGAUUGGGAAUGCUGGUUUUCUCUUACGCAUAUUUUCAAGAUGAGAUCAAUCCGGAUUCUAAAUGGGCCAAAGCGUAUCGUACAUUCACUAGAGAACCUCUCUCCUGGCUUACGAAAGGACAACCCGAUGGUCCUGUUUCACCUGACCACAAGCCCCCCGUUUUUUAA